CGAUCCUCUGCCUCUGUGCUGUGUCGUAGUUUCCUCUACACCACCAGUCAGUUUACGGUUGUGGGAUAUCAGGAAGACAUCUAGCUGUUAUGACGACAUGUUAUUUUGAGAUAUUACCCAUUUAGACGCGUUGAAAAUGGGUAAAAGGGAUAAAGGAGACCGGGAGAAGAAGUCCAGCAAGCGUUUCCAUGAGGAGGAUGAGUAUGAAGAAGAGGCCACGGGCAGUGAGUCUCAGGAGGCCAUACCCGCUGCUGCAGGAAAACAAGUGGAUGAGUCCAGCACAAAACAGGACGAGUAUGGAGCCAAAGACUACCGCUCUCAGAUGCUGCUCAAGAACGACCACACUUCACGUCCACUUUGGGUGGCUCCAGACGGACACAUCUUUCUGGAGGCUUUCUCCCCCGUGUAUAAGUACGCCCAGGAUUUCUUGGUGGCCAUUGCGGAGCCAGUGUGCAGACCUAACCAUGUCCAUGAGUACAAGCUGACUGCCUACUCCUUGUAUGCCGCUGUCAGCGUGGGGCUACAGACUUCUGAUAUUGUGGAGUACCUCCAGAAACUCAGCAAGACCUCUGUACCUGAUGGCAUUGUGCAGUUCAUUAAGCUCUGCACCGUGAGUUAUGGCAAAGUCAAGCUGGUGCUCAAACAUAACAGGUAUUUUGUUGAGAGCGCCUUCCCGGAUGUGAUCCAGCGCCUUUUGCAGGACAACAUUAUUCGUGAAUGCCGUCUCCGUACCGCAGAUGGAGCAGACACCGAGCUUAUUACUGAAGUCAUCCACAGCAAGUCAGCCAUCUCCAAGUCUCUUCCGGAGAAGGGGGACACUUCCACCUCACAGCAACCCACCGAUGGACAGACUUCUACCCAGCAGGUCCCUGAGGACAUUUUCAGCUACUAUGAGCAAAUGGACAAAGAAGAAGAAGAGGAGGAGGAGACUCAGACAGUGUCCUUUGAAAUUCGCCAGGAGAUGAUAGAAGAGCUGCAAAAGCGUUGCAUCCAGCUGGAGUACCCCCUGCUAGCGGAGUACGACUUUCGCAAUGACACAGUCAACCCGGACAUCAACAUAGACCUGAAACCCACGGCCGUGUUGCGGCCCUACCAGGAAAAGAGUCUGCGCAAGAUGUUUGGAAACGGACGUGCUCGUUCUGGGGUCAUCGUGCUGCCCUGCGGAGCCGGUAAAUCACUGGUGGGAGUGACGGCGGCGUGCACGGUGCGUAAACGCUGCCUGGUGUUGGGGAACUCCUCUGUGUCGGUGGAGCAGUGGAAGGCGCAGUUCAAGAUGUGGUCUACUAUCGAUGACUCCCAGAUCUGCCGCUUCACCUCCGACGCCAAAGACAAACCCAUCGGCUGCUCGGUGGCCAUAAGCACCUACUCUAUGCUGGGCCACACCACCAAACGCUCCUGGGAGGCUGAAAGGGUCAUGGAGUGGAUGCGGACCCAGGAGUGGGGGCUCAUCAUCCUGGAUGAGGUGCACACUAUCCCUGCUAAGAUGUUUCGUCGGGUUCUGACCAUUGUUCAGGCCCACUGCAAACUCGGACUCACAGCCACGCUGGUCAGGGAAGAUGACAAGAUUGUGGACCUCAACUUCCUGAUCGGACCAAAGCUGUAUGAGGCCAACUGGAUGGAAUUGCAGAACAAUGGCUAUAUUGCCAAAGUCCAGUGUGCAGAGGUGUGGUGCCCGAUGUCUCCGGAGUUUUACAGAGAGUAUGUGGCCAUCAAGACAAAGAAGCGCAUCCUUUUUUAUACAAUGAACCCCAACAAGUUUCGUGCUUGCCAGUUCCUCAUCCGCUUCCACGAGCGACGCAACGACAAGAUCAUCGUCUUUGCUGACAACGUGUUUGCCUUGAAGGAAUAUGCCAUUCGUCUCAACAAGCCUUACAUCUACGGUCCAACUUCACAAGGGGAGCGGAUGCAGAUUUUGCAGAACUUUAAACACAACCCCAAGAUCAACACAAUUUUUAUCUCCAAGGUUGGAGACACCUCCUUUGACUUGCCAGAAGCCAACGUACUGAUCCAGAUCUCUUCACAUGGUGGAUCACGCAGACAGGAGGCCCAGAGGCUUGGCAGAGUCCUGCGAGCCAAGAAAGGAAUGGUGGCCGAGGAGUACAAUGCAUACUUCUAUUCACUGGUGUCCCAGGACACCCAGGAGAUGGCUUACUCCACCAAGAGGCAGAGGUUCCUCGUGGACCAGGGAUACAGCUUUAAGGUGAUCACAAAGUUGGCAGGUAUGGAUGAAGAGGACUUAAUGUUUUCCACGAGAGAAGAACAACAGCAACUGCUUCAAAAAGUCCUGUCCGCUUCCGAUCUGGAUGCCGAGGAAGAGCUGGUAGCCGGAGAGGUGGGCUCACGACCACAGGUCUCGAGGCGACCAGGCACCAUGAGCUCCAUGUCGGGCGCGGAUGACACCAUCUACAUGGAGUACCAGAGCCGCGGCAGCAAAGCCUCCGCUGCGGGCAAGAACAUUCAUCCACUGUUCAAGCGCUUCAGAAAAUAGAUCCACGGACUUGAACGCUGACAUCUGAAGACUUACUCUGUCGUAACAGGGCAAUAGGAUGACGUUUUCUUGGGGGCAGUUGAGUGUAUUGAGCUGCAGGUUCAGGGAGUCCAUCUGGUCUGGUGAUCAGAGGAAUGAUUGGAGAUAGCCUGCAGCAGCAUAUGAAGGCCUCUGACAGACACAUGUCAUGUACAUGGGAUAAGUAUGAACAGCUGCUUCAAUACGUCAGACAGGUUAUGUAUGCCUCUUCAGUAGCUAAAUAUAAGUUCAGUUCUUUUGAAGUGAGAGGAAUAACAUGCAGACCAGUCCCCCCCUCUGUAUGUUCUACUGUUAGUGGUAGUUUGAUUGGAAACUGUAAACAAACACAUGUAUGUUGGAUGUAAUGUAAUAGCAGAUUUUUUUUUUUUUUUUUUAAUGUGGCUACAUUGGACAUUUGCUAGUUUCUGAAAGCCACAUCGGUGUUAUUUUUUUACUCAUGUGUUCUGUUACAAAACAUCCCAUAUACAGAAAAUGCUCUGUAAAAUAAAUGGUUUUGUAAUUUC